UCCCAGCGGCGAAGGCGGCCAUUGCACGAGGGCACAGCGGGGCCGGGGCGCUCCGCGCGCGCAAGUGGCGGCGAUGUCGUCUGAAAAGCCUCUGCCAGAAGGCAGUCCUCAAGGUGGGAGUGAUUCAGGUCCCCAGGAAGCAACAAAGUCCAGCCAAGAGAGCAACUUGGUUCCUCGCGAGCCUCAUGCUGGGACCCUUUGGGAGGACUCUGUCCCGGAGAAUGAGCCAUCUACAUCAUCUGCGAGAGCUGCUUCCACAGCAGUGAGGAAAGCGCCAGCUGUGUUGCAUAUUGACAUGCAGCAGAUCCAGACUGUGGUGCCCAGUGCCCAGGCAGAGGAGCUCAGAGGCCUUGGUGUGGAUGUGUACGACCAGGAAGUACUAGAGCAGGGCCUCCUCAAGCAGGUGGAUGAUGCAAUAAAUGAAGCAAACAAGGCAGUUCGUGUUGCUGAAGCCGAAAAGGAUUACCAGUCAGUGCUGGAUGAUUUCAGAUCAUGCACAACAUCUCUGAAACAAAUCGACACAAUUAUUGAACAGCUGACUCCUCACGCUGCUGCCAGCAAAGAUAUUAACCGAAAACUAGAUUCUGUGAAGCGGCAGAAAUACAACAAGGAACAACAACUGAAGAAGAUCAAAGCAAAGCAGAGGCACCUUGAGGCCAUUCUUGGUAAAAAGGCUCCUGAUGGAACAAGUGAGGCUGGAUUGGAGGAAACAGAAGAACCUGGGCCCUCGUGCCUUGGCAGCAUGCUUAUACCAGAACAGGAGACGGAAUGGGAGACACUCGUCCGAACUGGUCAGAUGACUCCUUUUGGAACAAAAAUAUCCCAGAAGGAAGAGAAGAAGCCCCGCCGGGUGAUGCUCAAUGAAUCCUCGGAAUUUGAUAAGUAUUUGGCAGAUCAAGCGAAGCUCUCGUUUGAAAGGAAGAGGCCUUCCUUUCAUAAGGGAUCCAAGUGGAAAGGGCAUGCAGAGAACAGUCCUGCUAAAAUGCCGGCGCGUUGCCUCAAGGGCAAAGGGGACAAGGAGAAGCGCCUGUCAAAACCAGACCGUUGUCUGCAGAAGCACAUUAGGAAGCUUCAGAACCACGUUCUCCACGUUCAGUCCAAGAGCAAACCCCUGAAGGUCCGGGAGGUACUGGGAGAUGAUCGGCCAGAGGGCAGCGAAGAGUCUGACUGUGCGCGCGAGGAAGAGCUUUCCAGUCUGGAGGACGAGUGGCUUCCUGACAGGUCCAGCCCUGAUGCUUACCAGUUGAAACCUCUGCCGCAGAGAAAGAAAAAUUCAUCAGUGAAAGAGUUUCAGGAAGAAACUGAAGAAGGUGACUUUUCCCCAAGUUCCGAUGAAGGGGAAGAAGGCAUUGUUGGAAAACGUGGAAUAAAGAGAUGCAGAGACGAUGGCGAUGAACAUUACUAUAGACAGAGACUGAGAAGGUGGCAUAAACAACGGCUGAAAGAGCGCCACAAGCAGCUGAUGGCAGGGGAAGAUUCGGACGAAAGCGAUGCCGAAUUUGACGAGGGUUUCCGAGUGCCGGGUUUUCUCUUCAAGAAGCUUUUCAAGUACCAGCAGACAGGUGUUAGGUGGCUCUGGGAAUUGCACUGCCAGCAGGCGGGAGGAAUUCUGGGAGACGAGAUGGGAUUGGGCAAGACCAUCCAGAUAAUUGCCUUCUUGGCAGGUCUGAGCUACAGCAAGAUCAGGACUCGCGGUUCAAAUUACAGGUUCAGAGGCCUGGGCCCGACAGUGAUUGUGUGUCCGACCACAGUGAUGCAUCAGUGGGUGAAGGAGUUCCAUACUUGGUGGCCUCCAUUCCGAGUGGCAAUUCUACACGAGACAGGCUCUUAUACCAACAAAAAGGUGAGGCUGAUUCGAGAGAUUGCAGCAUGCAACGGCAUUUUGAUCACUUCCUACUCGUAUAUUCGCUUGCUGCAAGAUAGCAUCCAUGGUUCUGACUGGCAUUACGUGAUUCUAGAUGAGGGGCAUAAGAUCCGGAACCCAAAUGCUGCCGUUACGGUUGCUUGCAAACAGUUCAGCACUCCGCAUCGAAUCAUCUUGUCUGGCUCACCAAUGCAAAACAACCUGAAGGAGCUGUGGUCUCUCAUGGACUUCGUAUUUCCCGGCAAACUGGGAACGCUGCCUGUCUUCAUGGAGCAAUUUUCCGUUCCAAUAACCAUGGGGGGGUACGCCAAUGCUUCUCCGGUUCAGGUUAAAACUGCCUAUAAGUGUGCUUGUGUUUUACGGGAUACCAUUAACCCUUACCUGCUGCGAAGAAUGAAGUCAGAUGUUCAGAUGAGCCUCUCACUACCAGAUAAAAAUGAACAGGUUCUGUUUUGCCGUUUAACAGAUGAGCAAUACCAAGUUUACAAAAACUUCAUCGAUUCCAAAGAAGUUUAUCAGAUCCUCAAUGGAGACAUGCAGGUUUUCUCCGGACUGAUCUCCUUGAGAAAGAUCUGCAACCACCCGGACCUCUUUUCCGGCGGCCCCAAGAUUUUGAAGGGUGUUCCUGAUGAAGAAUUAAACGAAGAGGACCAUUUUGGUUACUGGAAGCGUUCUGGGAAGAUGAUUGUCAUUGAGUCUCUGCUCAAAAUCUGGCAGAGGCAGGGCCACCGAGUGCUGCUGUUCACUCAGUCACGGCAGAUGUUGCACAUCCUGGAAGCGUUCCUGAGGCAGAGGAGCUACUCCUACUUGAAAAUGGACGGCACCACGGCAGUCGGGUCCAGGCAGCCGCUGAUAGCGAGAUACAACCAGGAUGCAUCGAUAUUCGUCUUCCUCCUCACCACUCGGGUCGGUGGGCUUGGCGUGAACCUGACAGGGGCCGACAGAGUGAUUAUCUACGACCCAGACUGGAAUCCCAGCACGGAUACCCAAGCUCGAGAGCGGGCGUGGCGGAUAGGCCAGAAAAAAGAGGUGACUGUUUACAGGCUUCUCACCGCAGGGACCAUCGAAGAGAAGAUCUACCACAGACAAAUCUUCAAGCAGUUUCUAACAAACCGAGUGUUGAAAGACCCGAAGCAAAGGCGCUUCUUCAAGUCCAAUGAUCUUUAUGAGCUCUUUACGUUGACCAGCCCGGAUGGGGCUCAGGGGACAGAAACCAGCGCUAUCUUUGCAGGGACUGGUUCCGACAUCCCAACACCAAAGAGAGCAUCGAAGCGCAAAUCUUUGACCCUUGCUGAUGUGUCUAAAAAACGCACCCCUCAUUCCAAGCUCAAUUCAUCAAGACUCAGUGAACUGUCCAGUUCCUCCUCAGAAAGACAGCGUGCAACUUCACCUGCCGCUGCAAAUAUGGGAUCGGUUCAAAAUGUCAAGGAAAACACAGAAUCGCCCCCGCGAAUUGCUAAUUUCCCAAAGGAUAAUAUAGAUUCAUUUGCCAGAGUGGAAGAGAAAGCUUUCGAAACUCUUGCGGGAUCCCAGUCCAAAGGACAGCUUGGGCAGAAUGGCCCCUUUGAGACUCUGGGACAUUUGACCUCCUUUACCAUCGGUGAAUCAAGUUUCAGUGGAGAGAGGCAGCAUGAUUCUAUGCUUGAAAAUACCAGCCAAUGUGAGGAGCAAGACCAAGGCUUUCAGAGGGAGCCGUCCAGCGACACUCACAGCAAGCGCACUUGCAAAUUGAAACAUGGUAGCCCAGCGCGUGAAGGUGGGAAGGGCCCCUCGAAAAGGGUCCGAUGCUCUCACAAUGCUAGGUUUGAGGGCGAGCGAAUUCCUCACCUAGUGAAGAAAAGGAAGUACCAAGUGGAAGACAAGAACGGAGAGAGAGAUUCCAAGAAAAAUGAUGAUUAUGUGUUGGAGAAGCUUUUCAAAAAAUCAGGCAUCCAUAGCGUCAUGAAGCACGAUGCCAUCAUGGAAUCUUCCAGUCCAGAUUAUGUGCUGGUAGAAGCAGAAGCCAAUCGUGUUGCCCAAGAUGCUCUUCGAGCUUUGAAACUCUCUCGGCAGCGGUGCCGGGCAGCAGCUUCUGGCGUGCCCACUUGGACCGGCACCAGCAGCCUGUCUGGCCAGCCACCAAGAGUCAAGUUUGGACAGAAGAAGAACCCAGCCUUGGUGAUGCCGUUGCCAUCUCCUCCAUCUUCAGGAAAGACUUGUAAGGACGCCGAAAGAGUGAGAAACGAGAAUAAAAGCAGAACCGCUCCCAGCUGCCACUUUGACAGCCAAGUGAGAGAAGCCGUGGCUUCUUCGACUCCCCUGGACUCCUCAUCUCUGCUAGCCAAAAUGAGGGCGAGAAACCACCUGGUGGUCCCCCAGAGAAGAGAUGACCCAGGAGAGGAGAGCCUGCCAGCAGCAUUGGGGCCUGGGCUGCCCGCAGAAACGGAGCACGAUGAGUUGCUCGUCGACAUCCGGAACUUCCUCGCUUUCCAAGCCCAGGUGGACGGCCAGGCCACCACGCAGGAGCUGCUGCGAGAGUUUGAACCCAGGCUGACUGUGGAGCAGUCGUGCGUCUUCCGAGAACUCCUAAGAAACCUCUGCUCUUUCCACAGGAGCCCCAACGGGGAAGGGCUCUGGAAACUGAAACCAGAAUUUUCCUGACGAUGCUUUCGGGGUUGUGUGUGAUCCCUCUUGCCUCCUCUUUUAAAACUCACCAACAUAUUUUGUAUUGUACAUAUCAUAUUUAAUGAACUGACACUCGCUGGUUGCACUUCGAUUUCUUCCGUACGCUGCUUUUCGUCAGUGGUGCUCUCUACCUCAUGGUGCGGCAAUAACAAAGUGAAUCUCUCUGAUUUAUAGAGAGAAAUCUUGCAGUGAUUGGAACUCAGGGUGCCUCAGUAAUAGCUCGUAGACCUUCCGUUUGUGCUUUCUGAUUCCUGUGACUCAGUUUACCAGAAUGACUGGCUUGUAUGUUCUUUAGCCAAGAGUCAUGCGGCUGCUUCACAGCCACACAGCCUGGAGAACCCACAGCAGCCAACCGUCAGACGAGGACACGGGAGAUCAGGUUCAAAUCUGAACCAUCUGCAUCUGCAUCUGCACUGAAACCAUCUGGGCAACUUUAGACUGGUCACUUUUUCCUCAGUCUAAUCUACUUCACAGGGUUGUUCUUCAGGGAGUUCUAGAAGGGAGAGCCCUGCAUGUCAGCCGUGAGUUCCUUGGAGGGAGAAGCAGGAUAAAAACGUGAUCCAAGAUCCCAAGCCCAGACUCCAUGCAAUGAUAGCUCACCCGGCCUGUGUGGGCAACAGAACUUCUGUAAAAGAUCCAUUUAUAGCACAUGUUGUUGUCAGACACUGCAGUUUGCACGUUCACACAGCAGUGUUUUGUUCUGGCGUCUUUUCCCUGCCUGCAGUGAGAAGGGUAAGAAGAACAAGGAUGUUGAUCAGAUUUAGGAAAGUGAGUCUUACCCUGAACUCUGAGGAGAAGCUGCCCCCCCCCCCUCCCAAUUUGGGCUUUGCUCCCAAUCCUUUCCCUAGAGGUCUUAAUUUGCACCUCUGCCUCUUUCCGUACCCAGCCCGGAGAAGAGUCUGUGUCUCCCUCCAGGCCAAGGGGAGUUCUGGGAGGGGGAGGGCGGCAGAGAGAAGAGAGCACCGAGCGCAUUUCUGUUCCCGCAGGGCCACGGCAUAAAAGAAGGCGCACCUCUGACCAGUUGGGAAUGGAGCUCAGGCCAGAAUUCAUUUGUGGAAGUUUCCUUCUUUCUUGGGAAGGGGGCUGAGUUGCAGAGCUGGCCCUGAGGGCCCACCCUUCUCUGAGGCUGGCGCUGUGAUGCCAAAGGCAGGAAAUGUGCCCAGGCCUUGGCCCGUGUGAGCCCCGCGUCUUCACUGUGCCAAGGGGCACUGUCCAUUUUAUGUUGUUUUGACCACAAACUUUCAGUAGAACUUGUAACUUCUGCGACGUUACUAAUUAAGAGAGUAUCAUCUCUCUGGAACCCGGAGCCGACACUGUGGGGGAAACUGGAGUCGGGGGUGGAGACUCGGUGCUAAGCGAAGAGAGCCAGUUCUGUCAAAGGACAACGGGCUGGAUUCUCAACACUUUUGCCACAGAGCUGACUUUAGC